UGAAGGGAGCAACCCACAGUUGGGAAAAGAGUUUGUGGGGUGAUGGAGGAGCCUUUCACAGAGGGAGAUUUCUAUGCUGAGAAUUUUCGUCCCAAAGAUUAUCUGGAAACGUAUUAUAAAGUUAACCUUGAUGUUGAUGAUCAGCUUGUAAACUUUUUCCUGAAAGGGGCCCACAGGGCAUUCACCGUAGAUGGCAUCAAGGGAGAUACCCUGAUCGACAUUGGCACCGGCCCAACCAUCCACCAGUUCCUCUCUGCCUGUCAGUCCUUCCAGGAGAUCAUAGCUACCGAUUACACCGACCAGAACCGAGAGGAAGUGCAGCGAUGGCUGAAGAAGGAACCUGGGGCUUUCGACUGGACGCCCAUUGUCAAAUAUGUCUGUGAGUUGGAGGGAGACAGGGAAAAAUGGCCAGAGAAGGAAGAGAAGGUCCGAAGAGCCGUCAAGCAGUACCUGAAAUGCGAUGUGACCCAACCCAACCCUUUGGCUCCGCUGGUUCUUCCUCCUGCAGAUUGUCUGCUCUCCAACUUGUGCCUCGAUGGGGCUUGCAGAGACAUCCCCACCUACCAAUCAGCCUUCAGGAACAUCAGUUCCCUUCUGAAACCAGGGGGGCACCUUGUCUUUCAUUCAACGCUUGAGGGAUAUUACUACAUGGUUGGCCAACGGAAGUUCUCUGCCCUCUACUUGGAGAAGGAGAUGAUAGAAGAGGCAGUGAGACAGGCUGGUUUUGUCAUUAAAUGGAUUGAGGAAACCAGGAUCCACCUCCCUCCUUCUGUGGCAGAUGCAAAGGGGCUGUGCAUUCUUCUUGCCCAGAAAUGUAGGCCAUGAAUAUUAGGCAACUGUUGAUAUAACACUCAGAGAUUUCCCCAACAAUUGUUAUGAAACUAUUAUACAAGUUAGAGAAAGUACACACCACGUGGCUUCUGUGAUCUUUUCUAUGCCUUUCCUAGUAGGUUCUGUGUGUAAUAAAGUAACAUCUUGCCUCUC